AUGUCGUCCAUCGAUGAGCAGAGCCAGACGCCUCCGUUGUUGACGGCCACCUCAACUGCCACCCCGACUCCACCCCCGCCUGCCACGAAGCCACAAUCAUCCAACACGGAAACUGAUCGAGCAAGGGCGUACAAAUCGCGCAACAAGAGACCUUGUGACUUUUGUCGAUACAAGAAAGCUGCGUGCCACCUGGAGAGCAGUCCUCCGUGUGAACUUUGCAUCCGUUACGGCAAGGAAUGCACUUUUGUUGAAUCGCCCGCCAAGCGCAGACGACCAAACGAGCAGCCUCCAGACGGACUGGCUAGAUUGAGCGAUCAGAGCGUUGACAGUGGAAAGCUGUUAACGGAGAAUACCAUGUUCAAGCACUCGGGCGAGAGCAGUCUAUUCAAAAGCUCAGCUGCGUUUGGGCACGGAAGGCUGAGCAGCAUUGAUAUGCCGCAAGACUUGCUUCCUUGGGAGAACGGUAUGAACCCUUUCCAUCUGCCAGAGCUAGGUGGAAUCUCGCCCGAGUUCCCUUUCGACCCGCAGUUGUAUUCGGAGCCGAUAUUCGAAAGCUUCGAACCCAUGUCCGCCUCGACCACCACCAACAACACAGGCAACUUUCACCAUCGAACCAGCAUGGACACCACAUCCCCUCAGUCCYUUUCUGGCGUCUUGCUUCCCUCUGAUCUGCAACUACCACACGAAUCGACCGCCGGCGAACCCUCUCUCGAUCRCCAACACUGCUCCAAUGCUCAGAUCGUGGGCGCGAGUGGGGAGAUUGAUCCUUACCUGCUCUCGAAAUACCAAUACAACGAAUACAACGAGGCAACCUUCCAAUCUGUGAGAUUGCGUAAGAUGAGCAGCGGGCCCGAGGAGGCUGAGGAAUCGCAAUCGAGCAUGCCAACAUUCUUCAUGAUCCAACACAACGCUCUUGCAUCAAAAGCGCAGCCACAAGACAGAUCGGAAACGGAUGAUAAAUGGCGCCGCGAAUUGGAGGAUAUCGUCAGCGAUGAGAUCGGCAAGAGAUUGAUACGACUCUUCUACAAAUACGUUCAACCUUACUUCCCAAUCCUCACUCGUGAGGGAGGAGAUCGAGAUGUCGACGGUGUUCGGGACAUUCGGAACAUACAUCCAUGCGUGCUUGCGGCCAUCUAUGGCCACGCCCUACCAUUCUGCGCUUGGGAUGAGAAGCUCUGCGUGGAAGUCUAUACGCCUCCCUCGGCAGACCGACUCUUCACCAUAGCCUGGCAAUCUUGCCAGACACUACUCCACACGCCAAACAUUAGCCUGAUGCAAACACUGCUCCUACUAGUCCAACGCAGACCCACGAACCGCCACGUCAGCGAUACGCCCUUUAAAUGGGCUAUGAUGAGCACAGCAGUUAGCAUAGCCCAGUCUCUCGGCCUCAAUCGUGAUCCUACCAACUGGCCGAUUCCGAGCUGGGAGAUGAAAGUCAGAAAACGUCUUGCAUGGGCCGUCUUCGUGCAAGACAAAUGGCUCGCACUAAACUUCGGCAGGGCUUCGCAUAUCCAAUCUGAUGACUGGGACGUCCCUAUGUUGACAGAAGAAGAUUUCCCAGAACUGGAUACGCGUUACGAGGAUUCCGAGACCUCUGACAAGUUCUGUUCUCGGCACUUUAUCAACCUCUGCACUUUGACUACCAUUGUCGACGACAUCCUGCGGGGGCUUUUCAGUGUCAAGGCCGUAAGACGCCUCCACACUAGUCUUGAGGCAACUCUUGAGGUCGCCAAGCCCCUCCGCAUGCGAUUAACGGAAUGGUAUCAAGCUCUUCCGCCUGGAACUUCACUGCCCAACACCACAGGUGCCUCCUUUUCUCCAGCCUCAGAACCUCGCACUGGAAGAAGGACUUCCACUCAUCCGUCUCUGGAGUUGAAUGGGAACGCUUCGUUACAACUGGCAUACAUUACUGCGAAAAUCGAGCUYUUCCGUGCGAUGCUUCGCCCUCCUAUGACUUCUUCGAACUCAAACGCAGUCCGUGCUUUACGGACUGGAGCAUUGGCUGUUGCUAGGGAAAUGAACGAGUUUCUCGAGGGACUGCAGGCUAGGGAGCUCGAAGCAUUUUGGGGAAGUUAUGGACGAGUCAACUUCACGCUUGCAAGUGGAUUCAUGUUGUUGCUAUUCUUCACGAGUCCCACUGWAGAAGACGCCAGACUCUGUCUCGACUUGUUGGAAGGAUGGAGAGGGCUGUUGAGAAUCAAGAGUCGGAGCUGCGAUUUGUUGGCAUUGGCAUUGUUGAGAUUGGAAAGUGGGUUUGGGAUGGUGAGAGAUGGUGGCGUUGCCUUUAGUGAAGGGGCUAAACUUGCUUGGGAAGAGAGCGGAGCUUGA